AUGAGAUACUGGCUUCUCUAUUUAUAUGGCCCCUUUCUCACUGACCUCACACGUCCAGUACCUCCCCUCGUCAAUCGUCAUGGACCAAUACCCACGACCCGGAUAUCCCUUCGCGGCCAACUAAGACGUCCCACAGCAGGGGCAGUGGCCGCAGGGCCCCUUCGCCGGCCACGCCCCCAGCAGGGGCAGUGGCCGCAGGGCCCCUUCGCCGGCCACGCCCCACAGCAGGGGCCGCUGGUUCCGCCGGCUGUCCAACCGCAGCCACUAGCCGUAGUCCCGUACGAUGACCAGUUCCAGCAGAGGCCGCCGGUCCCAUUCGAGGGUGCCGGCCACGUCCUGCUCCCGCAGCAGCAGCAGCCGGUGAACCCGGGCGCAAGCAACGUCCGGCCUCAGCAGGGCAGGGGCAGGGGCAGGGCCAGCUCCUCCCAUAGGAGCUACGGCUCAAUCCUUUCUAACGCCGAGCGAAUCACAAGGUUCGCUCGGCGGAUGAACAUCACCAGCGAGACGAUGCCUGGUGAGUAUGCCGCUUUAUGCGACAUACUCCUCAACUCAUUAUCGUCUCAUUUCUUUUGGGAGUCUGAUGAUGAGGGGCGGAUGACCAUUCUUCAGCGUGACGCAGCGAGGCUUGGUUUCAUCACACAGCGGCGGCGGCGCCUCCACUGAUUUUUUUUUUCUGGUCUUUUUUGGAUCCAAACAGGAGCGAUCAGCCCCUUUUGUCUCAAUCUGGAUCCGCCACUAUGUAUAAUUUAAGCAUUUUAAUAUGUUGUUUGUGUUGUUGGUAAGCUCUACAAAUUCACAUGCAAUUGGAAUGCA